AUGGAUUCAAAGCAGUGUAACCCGUCGAACUCCGGCGCAAACCUGGGCCUCAAACGGGCGGGGUUUUCCUUGGAUCCACCGCUUGAUGACGGACUCGGAUCUUUUCUGGCGGUUUUAGACUCGGCGGGGGAAGAAGUGGCUUCCGAGUUGGGCUUGGAACUUGCUCCUUGUACUUGGCCUGGGCGCAAAGAGAACCUCCACUUCUGUCCCUGUGCGAUCUCGAAGUGGCUGAACAUAGACAUGAACAUGUUGUUGUGGGCUGAGGAUUUUGAAAACACCGGCGAAGGCUUGAUUUGUCUGUUGAUCUUCUUGGGUUGUUGUGUCUGA